GUAUUCACUUAGUCUAUUGUAAUAAACGAUUUAGGUGUGCCCGUUUAUAAGCUGUCAAAAAGUAAACAUUGUUCUUUUUUAUUUAUUAUUUAUAAAGAAAACAAUAAAUGUAAAUUAUUUACUUGAUUAAAAUAAAGUGUUACGCAAUUAAACAGGAAAAAACGGUUUAUCAAAAUGAAUUACGGGAAAAAAUCGCCCAGUAUGGGAACACCUUCUGUUUAUUCACAUGUAACAAGUCGUAGUAAUGCAAAUCUUAGAUCAACAAGAUCAGUGCGAAGUGUUAAAAUACCUUGGUAUCGAAAAAAAGUUUUAACCCAUGCAUAUAUUCUAAAUAUUCAAAGAGCUUCUAUGGUAACAGCAAUAUACUCACUGUGUCUUUCAAUAUUUACUAUUUUCACUCAAAUUUUUGAUAUUUAUUGUUUGUCACAAGCAACUCCGGGAGUUACCCAUUAUGGCUAUAGAUUUAUAUCAUAUGAAUUUGUUUAUGUUGGAAAUCGUCAUGUUCGAAAUGCAUUAUUGGUAUUUGCAAUGUUUUCAAUAAUUGGAGCAAUCAUUAUAUUUGCAACAUCUAUAAUUCUGAUAAAAUCUUUAAGAAAGGAACAUGAGAAAAAAAUGAUUCCUUGGAUUUGGUCAUUUUUGGUAUUUACUGGUUUACGUAUUCUCAUGUAUAUAUUUUACAGUGUUGUUAACGAUUUAAUAUUUGGUUAUAACGUAAUAAUGUGCCUUCUUUGGACAAUAUUUUCCAUUGCUUCAAUUUAUGGAUGGCUGAUUGUGUAUUCUUUAUAUAUUGAGCUAAGUGAUUUGACUAAAUUAGAGGAUUUAGCACAUUUGAGAAUUGGCACAAUGCAAUCUCUAAAUGCAUCGACGACGCAUUCUAUUGCUGGUUCUCGACCAACAACACCACAUAGCACAGUAUCAACAAUGCCGGUAAAUUAAAAAAAAAAAAAAAAAUCUAUAGUCAAAAAACAACUACAAUUCUUUUACAAAGUAAAGAAAAUAAUUCACAAAUAAUUUUAAGAUUCUAAAGUUUAAAAAACUAUUCUUGGUUUUUUAUUUGCAAAAAAUAUUUAUAUAUAGAUUUUGAAUGAAAUCAAACGACCGACGUUGUGUUCUUUAAAGAUGUGCGUAUCAUGUUUUUUUUUUUUAAUUCGAAAAAAAUAAUGACUGAAGCCCAAACUUUUUUUUUAGUACAAAAAGUAUAUAAUGAGAAAAAUAUACUAUAAUUCAAUAGUAUAUUUUUGUCAGGUGUAUAUUAUAGAAUCUCAUAUAUAAUAUUAGAUAUUUUUCGAAUUAUAUAUUGUUAAAAUAUUUUAUAAAACUAACGCACUUUUAAAUCCGUCCAAAAAUUAAUAAGACUAUAAAUGUCUAUAAUUUUGUUUUGUAUUCGUAAAAGAAAUAUUUUUUCACGUUUGAAAAUAUUUCUCAAUUGUUGAAAAUUCGAAAUUUCUUUAUAAUUUUAGUGGUAUAAUUUUACCACUAGUACCAAAAAUUAAAGAGAAAUUUAAUGUCUUUAAUUUUUGUAAAUUUUCACGAAAAAGUAAUUUUUAUUCAUUAUAUAAUUAUUCUAACUGUAUUUAGAAAAUGUUUACUAACAUAUUUCAAAAUUUUAUUUUUUAAAUUUGUUUAAUUUUUUAUGAAUAUUCUUUUAAAUUAAUUUAUAAAAAUAUUUCAAUUUUUGAAAUUGAAUUUUAAUAAGAAAUUUUAUUAGAUUGACUCUAAAAAUGUCUUGAUAAAUUACAAAAAUGUAUUUUAUUUUUAGAACCAUUGAUUAAUUAGUAACUGAAAAUUUUAAUCGAAUGCUUCUUUUUUAAUUUCUAAUAAUAUGUCUAUUAUAUUGUUUAGAAAGAAUUUAAAAUAUAUUUUUACAAUUAAACGAUUUACUUUUAAAAUUGUUGAAAAAUUUCUAAUAAGUCGUUUAAAUAUCAAAUUUUUCCAUAUUGUAGAUCAAAGCAGUUGAGAUUUUUUUUAUAAUGUGUAAGGUUUUAAUUAGAAAUGUACAAAGAAUGGAAUUUUUUCAAUUUGCACAUCUCUAGUUUUAAUGAAUACACAAAAAAUAAUAGUACAUAACUUUAGUAUCAAACUUACAGUAAAUUAAUGAACUAAUUGAUUUUUUUUUUUAAUUCAUUAUAACAUUGAAUUGUGUACUUCCUUUAAUUAUAUACUUGUGUUAAUCUUGAAAAGUAUUCUUCAAUUUUUAAAAAAAAUUUCCUUAAUUUUUAAAGAACUUUUUUUAAUGUUGAAGAAUCUAUAAUAUAGUAUUUUCAGUGUAUAAAAAUCAACUGUGUACAUAUAGAUCUUACAUUUGUAAUUACUGCGAAUUAUUUCUCAUAUUUUUAUAUUUUUUAUUUACAAAUUUAUAAUUAUUUAAUGUUCGUGAGAACAAUGAACAAUGCCGUCCUAGAAAUAUGUAUUGUUAAGUAGUUUAGAAAAUAAGUUAACAUAUCUAAAACUUGUAUUCUCGUUUAUUAUAAGAAGAAUAUACCGUCCAUUUUACGACUUUU